GCUGAAUUCACUGGUCAGAAGGGGUGUCUGGAUACUUUUGGACACCUUUUGGGGAGACAGAGGAGAAGUUUCCUGCAGUCCAGACCCACACAGCGAGCAGCUUUUCUCCGCAGUCAUCUCGGGUCACCCUCUCCCCUCUGCUGAUGUUUCUGAGGCGGGACACUACCCUGUGCAUGUGAUAGCGAGGGGAGGAUGGUUUCUAAAAAAGCUCGUGCACCGAGUCAGCGGCACCAAUUGGGAGUCCGACCGCGCUGGACGAGGCUAAUAACCACGACUCAUCCCUGGAUAUUCCUUCCUUCUUCCAGCGGCUGACGCGUGGAUCUCGUCUCGCAACAGGGGGGUGAAGAUGGGGGCAAUAAGCUCAGCGCAGCGGGACAGCAAGCAGGACACGGUUACCGAGGCCAGCGCGGGACAGGACGAAGCACAGGAAAGCGGAGCUGAGGAUAAGUUGCUACAGAAGAAUGGACGGAUCUCAAGCCUGAAUGAGAAGACAGAGAGCCAGACUGAUGAGUCAAAAGGCCCCCAUGAGGAGAGGGUCCUUGCAGAAGUUGGUUCUGGAUAUGUAACACUGAAAGAAGAUGACACUGAGACAACUGAAGAUCUUCAAGAAGGGGAUACCUCUCAAGAAAACACUGAGGAGUUGGUCAAGGAGUUGGUCAAGGAGAUGGUUAAUGCAGAUGGUGUGGCAGAAAAAGAGGCUGAAGUUGGUGACAAACAAAAUGACAUUGAAGUUGGUUUCAAAAAAAUGUUUAGAUUUGUUGGAUUCAAGUUCACUCUGAAAAAAGAUAAGUGUGACAAAAGUGAUACCGAGGAACCACUCACAAAUGAGCAGGACAAAAAAGUUGCAAUCUGCUCAGAGGAUUCUAGGGACAUCACAGAAGACAGUUCCGUCAGCACAAAUGAACAGGAAGAGAUGCAAAAGGACAUAACAGGGGGCGAUGGACAAAAUGAGUCUAGGAAAAGUAAUACAGCUCCUGAGACAGACAAUGAAACAGCAGAGAGUCAAAUCUCAGAGAUCACAGAAAACAUUGAGAAAAUCACUCCUGAUGAAGAAGAGAUUGAGGAAGUUACACAAAGCCCUGAGCCUGAGGAGCCCAUGUCACCAAUUAAGCGAUUCUUCACACAGGGAAUUUUCGCUACCUUAAGGAAGAAGAGAAAGUAUGAAGCACCAAAAGAGAAUAAAGAGGAUGAACUCAAGAGAACUGACACAGAGGAGGGUGAAAAAUUAGGUGAAGAUGCACCAGAAGACCGUACAUGUGUAUGCCUUGACAUCUCUAACAUUACACCUGAAGAAGGUAGAGAACUGAACAAGCCUGCACCUGAGAAAGAACUAACGAAUUCUCAAGAACAAGAAAAAGUACCAGCAAGUCCACUCAUAAGGCUUUUUAGGAAACUUUCCACAAGAAGACAGAGAGAAGCAAAACCUACUGAAACAAACCUGACUGAGCCUGGGGAAAAUCUAAAUGAAAAGCUUCAGUCCUCCACAGAAGUAAUCAAGGUUACGAAAGAGGAAGAAGAAGCAAAGCCUGCAGAGGAGGAUCAGAUCACAGAUAUUAGCCCUGAAGAGUCAAAAAAGAAAUCAGAUUCAGCUGUUUCAUGGGAAUCUCUGAUAUGUAUUGGGUCUAACAAGAAAAGGUCCAGAAAAACAUCUGACUCUGAAGACGCAACACAAGAUAGAGGCGAAGAGCCCAAAAAAACAACUGAAUCACCACUUGUAAGCUCAACUGAAGGUGAUUAUGACCAUCUUACGUCCUCCACUGAACAAACAGGGAGCCCUGCAGAGGAAGAAGUUGGAUCUACAUGGAAAUCUCUUAAAAAACUAGUUACCCCAAAAAGGAAGGGCAGAAUGGAAGAAAGUGGUUCAUCUGACCAGAUACCUUCAGACACUGAGAUUACCAAAGAUGAAUCUUCAUGUUCUAUAACGAAAUUUAUUCCAGGGCGUAAAAAGAGGAAGUUUGAUGGUCAGCAAGAACAAAUGUCUAAUGAGGCAGGCAAGGAUGCUGGGACAGACAAUGAAGAUGAUGAAACACCAGCAGUUGUUCCACUAUCUGAAUAUGAAAUAAUUGAACCUGAGAGUUUGAAAGAAACAACAGAAGAAAAAGAACAAGAGAAAAGGGUGCAACCCAUGAUUGAAGAGGACAAACCUAAAGAACCAAGUCCUUCAGUGAAAUCUUCAUACGAUGUGAAGCCAUCAGUUGUGCCCAUUUCCUCUGAUUAUAUUGAGGAUUUGACAGAGUUCCUAAGCAAACAUCAGCAACUUAGUGACAUUCCAGAGGAAGGAAUUAUUGAGGAAAGUGUUGCAACACCAGUAUCCUCUGCAGAGUGGACAACUCAAGAUGACACGUUAGCUGAAGACAUUGUAGAGCUGACAGCUGAUGCAGUCACUGCCCCUGAGCCUGGAACUGAGCUAUUUAAUGGGGAUGAAACUACUGAGAUGGUAUCAGCGGUCUCCCAGCUAACAGAAUCUCCUAAAACAUCUGGAAAUGUGACACCAGUACCACUUGAGUAUGACAUGAGAGAAGCAGACGUGAUCAUUCAGGAGGUUGUUGAAACCAUUUGCAUGACUCCGAGUGUUAUGUCAAUCACUUCAAAAGACAAAGACCCAGAGGCUCUAGCUGUGUCUGUUUUUCCAUGUAUUGUAGAGUCAACUGUAACAGCUGAAAUGAAAGUUUUAGUUGCCCAUGAGAAAGCAGAAGCUACAUCCAUAUGUACAGGCCUUGUUUCUCAGGAAAUUGGAGAUGUUGAAGAGAUUUCUCCUUUAGCCUUAGUUGAGGGAAUAUCAGAGUCCAUUGAAGCUGUGUCAACAGAACUUGUCUCUGAGGACUUGACAAAAGGACCUGAGUUAGCAGGACCUGCAACAGAUGGUGUCUGUGCAGCUGAGGUCAAAGAAAUAAAAACGGAGCUGCUUGAAGCAUUUUUACCAGACAAGCAAUACCCACCUCUUGUUGAAACUGAAAAAGAGAUGGAAGACAUAUUUCAAAUACAUGCAGAUUUGAUGGAGGAAAGCAGAAAGGGUGAAAUUUCUACAGUGGAACAGGAAGGAGAAGUGAAAGAUGAUACAACAGAAGCAAUAAAUGGCAAUCAAGAAAUUGCAUCAGUUCAGAUGGCGGUUGUCAUUGCAGUACAAGGUGAAACUCUACUUCUUGAGAAGCAGGUUACUGCAAAGAAUACGACUGGGGUUCCUGAGACAGAGGUUCCCCUGGAUAUGGCAUUAAAUAUAAUGGAACGAGUGCAUGAAGAGCCAGCAGUCUACACUGAAGUAAGUGUUGAAGUUGAAAAAGAACAAAGUCUUCCACAUACUGAAUUAUCAGCUACUGAUUUUGAACAGGUCACUCUAGCUGAUGUAGUUGAGUCAGUAGCACAAGAUGUCAUAGUCUCAGUACCCGACAGUUCUAUAAACAAAGCCUCAGAAAUCACAGAGAACAUUGUUCAAAUCACUGUAGCUGAAGUAGUUGAGACUCAAACACAAAAUGUUUUAGCCUCAGAGCCAGCGGAAACUCUGGGUGAAGCCUCAGAAAUCACAGAAGGAAUGGUUGAGGUUUUUGCAACUGUUGAACCUCUAGAGACCACAGAGGCAAUCAGUUUAGUAAGCCCAGUCUCCAGUUCUAUCAAAGUUUUGGAAGUGGAGUUGGAAGAUGAGGUUCAAAUGAAAAAUAUUCCUUCACUACGUUUUGUGGAUAAUCAUGAAAUACAAGUGGAAGUGAAAGAAACUGAGUUAGGAAUGGCAAAGAUGGCUGUUGAGACGGUACCUGAAGUUGCCACUGCAGUGAAUGUGGCAGAUAUCUAUGAUAAAGCAGAAGAAUUCACAGAAGGAGAUGCAGAUGAGACAGUUCAUGGCAUUAAAGAGGGAAUUACGGCUGAACCACCAUGGGAAGAAAAUGAGCUGAACCUAGCAGUCGAGCAAGAUUCUCUUUCAUCAUUUACUAAUGAUGAAACCACUGUAGUGGAAGAGCCACAAGAUGUACCAGAAGUUAAAGAGGACCUCGAAAAAGAGCAUCUAGAAUCAGACAUAACUUCUGUAGAAGAUCACAAAACAAAACAAAGCACAGAGGAUGAAGUAUACACAGUAACUCCUAAUGAAGCUGAAAAGCAGGUAGAAAAUAUACAAAUACACGUCAUCUCUGAGCAAACAGGUCUCCAAGAGGAAUCUGCAAAGGAGGGAUGCCAACCAUUAAUAAUGGACAAUAACAAAGAAAUACAAUCAAAGGAUCAAAAAACUGAUCUGAGUUUUGAUGCGCAUAAUACAGAAUCACCUCCAGAGUCUGUAGAAGAAGCAUCAGCAAUGAUAGAGACUAAAAGAACACAUAUGGUUGAUGAAGCUGUGACUUCUGGCAUACCUUCAGAGGAUGAGCACAAAGAAAGAAAAGCAAUGUGUGAAAUUACUUCUGAAAUUGCUAAAGAAUCUCAAGAAAUUAUAGAGGCAGCUGCACUAUCUCUAAAAUUAACACAGCUUGAAAUUAACACAGACCAACAACAAACGGAAAUGAUUAUAUCAAAACAAAAAGAGAGUCAAGAAACUGAAUCAAGUGUCCAGAUUUGCACAGAAGACAAACAAGUAGCUGAAGAUAUUGUGGAAGUGACUAAAACAAUAUCAGAGGUACCUAUUGUGUAUGUUGAGGAAACAAAACAACAGGUAGUUUCAUCUACUGAUGAGGGGUCUAAAGAAAUUGAACAAACAUCUGAAGUAGAGAAAGUAAUUAUAGCUAAAACUGAAGGACAGGAGACUGAAAUAUCUGAGGAACCAGUGGCAACAGAGCAGCAUGAAGAAGCAACAUCAGGUGAAGACAAAGUAACAGUGACUACAGCAGAGGUUGUGACAGUUGAAGCUCCAUUGAUAUUUAAACAGGAACCAGAGGCUUUGGUUACAUCUGCAAUAGAAGUGAGCGAGCCUGUCGUUACAUUAAGAAAACAUAUGCAAGAAUCCAGUGAAAACGUAAGGGACCAGAUGGCAGACAUUCCAUGUAUAAGUAUCCAGGAACUGGUAAGUACACUGGAGGUUGAAAAAGCAGCAGCCUUUGAAAUGGACGGAGAAACUCAGUCUGUUAUGGAACAGAAAGAGGAACCACCCACAGCCAUUUCUGAAGCAGAGACUGCAGUGUCUGUUGAGCUGGUAAAAGAACCACCAGUGGUCACUGAGAAUGAAACUGAGACACCAGUAGUCACACAACCUGAAGUGCAAACACAAGUAAUGAACGAACUCAAAGCAGAGGCACUGGAGGUGACCGUACCAAAGGUAGAAACACAUGUAGUAACAGAGGUUAAACUGGAAACAGCAGUAGUAACAGAGCUUGAAGUAGAGACACCAGUAGUGACAUCAGUGGUAAAAGAACUUGAAGUAGAAACACCAGUGGUAACAUCUGUAGCAAAGAAUACUGAUGCAAAAACCAAUGAUCUUCCAUCACUGAUAAAAGUCAAAGAAGUGCAGCCAGUGUUUACUGUCAGUCUACCUGUGGUAGCUCAAGGGAGCACUGUGGGGGAAAUGCCAACACAAGACGAAACACCAACAGUGACAGAAACAUUAGUACCUCAGCUACAAACACCAGUGUCAAAAGAGGAAGAAACGCUAGUGGAGAUUUCCGAAGAAAAGGAUGUGAAGGUCAUGGCACCAGUUGCAGUUGAUGUAAAAGAAUCAAAGCUAGAAAUGGCUAAAGCAGAAGAGACAAUUGUACAAGUAGCAGUGCCAGAACUGGAAGCACAAAUACCUGCUGUGACAUCAGCAGUUGAAACAAAAACUCUGGUGGGGACAUGUGAGGAAAAGAACCUUGAAGCACAGAGUCUUCUUGUUACAUCAAUAAAAGACAUCAAAGAAGUGGGGACCACAUUUUUGACAUCAGUAGUCAAUGAUCCGCUAAAAACACAAGUAAGUACAGUGGUACAAACACCAAUCUUGGUCCAAACAACGCAAAUGCCAGAAGUGCCAACAGUGACACUAGAUGUUGAAACAAAAGCUGAAACAUCUGCAUUUUAUGUUACUGCCCCAAAAAUUGCAGCACCUGAGGCAACAGAAGUAAAAGUUGAAACAGUAGUAGUACCUGCAAUGGAGGUAAAGACACCAGCUGCAGCAUCAGUGGUAACAGAGCUUAAAGUGGAACCUGUAAAGGAAGAAGAGAAGGCAGAACCAGCAACAGCUCCUGUUAUAAUCCCACUAACUGUGGCACCUGAAGUAUCAGAGGUAGAAACAGUAGUAGUACCUGAAGUGGAGGUAAAGACACCAGCUGCAUCAUCAGUGGUAACAGAGCUAAAAGUGGCUCCUGUAAAGGAAAAAGAGAAGGCAGAACCAGUAACAGCUCCUGUUAUAAUCCCACCAACUGUAGAACCUGAGGUAACAGGGGUAGAAACAGUAGUAGCAACUGAAGUGGAAGUAAAGACACCAGCUGCAUCAUCAGUGUUAACAGAGCUAAAAGUGGCUCCCGUAAAGGAAAAAGAGAAGGCAGAACCAGUAACAGCUCCUGUUAUAAUCCCACCAACUGUAGAACCUGAUGUAACAGGGGUAGAAACAGUAGUAGCAACUGAAGUGGAAGUAAAGACACCAGCUGCAUCAUCAGUGGUAACAGAGCUUAAAGUGGCACCUGUAAAGGAAGAAGAGAAGGUAGCAACAGCUCCUGUUAUAAUCCCACCAACUGUAGCACCAGAGGUAACAGGGGUAGAAACAGUAGCAGUAACUGAAGUGGAAGUGAAGACACCAGCUUCAACAUCAGUGGUAACAGAGCUAAAAGUGGCUCCUGUAAAGGAAAAAGAGAAGGCAGAACCAGUAACAGGUCCUGUUAUAAUCCCACCAACUGUAGAACCUGAGGUAACAGGGGUAGAAAUAGUAGUAGCAACUGAAGUGGAAGUAAAGACACCAGCUGCAUCAUCAGUGUUAACAGAGCUAAAAGUGGCUCCUGUAAAGGAAAAAGAGAAGGCAGAACCAGUAACAGCUCCUGUUAUAAUCCCACCAACUGUAGAACCUGAUGUAACAGAGGUAGAAACAGUAGUAGCAACUGAAGUGGAAGUAAAGACACCAGCUGCAUCAUCAGUGGUAACAGAGCUUAAAGCGGCACCUGUAAAGGUAGAAGAGAAGGUAGCAACAGCUCCUGUUAUAAUCCCACCAACUGUAGCACCAGAGGUAACAGGGGUAGAAACAGUAGCAGCAACUGAAGUGGAAGUGAAGACACCAGCUUCAACAUCAGUGGUAACAGAGCUUAAAGUGGCACCUGUAAAGGACGAAGCGAAGGCAGAACCAGCAGCAGCUCCUGUUAUAAUACCACCAACUGUAGCACCUGAGGUAACAGGGGUAGAAACAGUAGUAGUAACUGAAGCAGAAGUAAAGACACCAGCUUCAACAUCAGUGGUAACAGAGCUAAAAGUGGCUCCUGUAAAGGAAAAAGAGAAGGCAGAACCAGUAACAGGUCCUGUUAUAAUCCCACCAACUGUAGAACCUGAGGUAACAGGGGUAGAAAUAGUAGUAGCAACUGAAGUGGAAGUAAAGACACCAGCUGCAUCAUCAGUGUUAACAGAGCUAAAAGUGGCUCCUGUAAAGGAAAAAGAGAAGGCAGAACCAGUAACAGCUCCUGUUAUAAUCCCACCAACUGUAGAACCUGAUGUAACAGAGGUAGAAACAGUAGUAGCAACUGAAGUGGAAGUAAAGACACCAGCUGCAUCAUCAGUGGUAACAGAGCUUAAAGCGGCACCUGUAAAGGUAGAAGAGAAGGUAGCAACAGCUCCUGUUAUAAUCCCACCAACUGUAGCACCAGAGGUAACAGGGGUAGAAACAGUAGCAGCAACUGAAGUGGAAGUGAAGACACCAGCUUCAACAUCAGUGGUAACAGAGCUUAAAGUGGCACCUGUAAAGGACGAAGCGAAGGCAGAACCAGCAGCAGCUCCUGUUAUAAUACCACCAACUGUAGCACCUGAGGUAACAGGGGUAGAAACAGUAGUAGUAACUGAAGCAGAAGUAAAGACACCAGCUGCAUUGUCAGUGGUAACAGAGCUUAAAGCGGCAACUCUAAAGGAAGAAGAGAAGACAGAACCAGCAGCAGCUCCUGUUAUAAUUCCACCAACUGUAGCACCUGAGGUAACAGGGGUAGAAACAGUAGUAGUAACUGAAGCAGAAGUAAAGACACCAGCUGCAUUGUCAGUGGUAACAGAGCUUAAAGUGGCAACUCUAAAGGAAGAAGAGAAAACAGAACCAGCAACAGCUCCUGUUAUAAUCCCACCAACUGUGGCACCUGAGGUAACAGGGGUAGAAACAAUAGUAGUAACUGAAGUGGAAGUAAAGACACCAGCUGCAUCAUCAGUGGUAACAGAGCUUAAAGAGGCACCUGUAAAGGAAGAAGAGAAGGCAGAACCAGCAGCAGCUCCUGUUAUAAUCCCAGCAACUGUAGAACCUGCGGUAACAGGGGUAGAAACAGUAGUAGCAACUGAAGUGGAAGUAAAGCCACCAGCUGCAUCAUCAGUGCUAACAGAGCUUAAAGAGGCACCUGUAAAGGAAGAAAAGGCAGAACCAGCAGCAGCUCCUGUUAUAAUCCCAUCAACUGCAGCACCUGAGGUAACAGGGGUAGAAACAGGAGUAAUAGCUGAAGUGGAAGUAAAGACACCAGCUGCAUCAUCAGUGGUAACAGAGCUUAAAGAGCCACCUGUAAAGGAAGAAAAGGCAGAACCAGCAGCAGCUCCUGUUAUAAUCCCAUCAACUGUAACACCUGAGGUAACAGGGGUAGAAACAGGAGUAAUAUCUGAAGUGGAAGUAAAGACACCAGCUGCAUCAUCAGUGGUAACAGAGCUUAAAGAGCCACCUGUAAAGGAAGAAAAGGCAGAACCAGCAGCAGCUCCUGUUAUAAUCCUAUCAACUGUAGCACCUGAGGUAACAGGGGUAGAAACAGGAGUAAUAGCUGAAGUGGAAGUAAAGACACUAGCUGUAUCAUCAGUGGUAACAGAGCUUAAAGUGGCACCUGUAACAAAAGAAGAGAAGGCAGAACCAGCAACAGCUCCCGUUAUAAUCCCACCAACAGCAGCACCAAAGGUCCAAACUCUAACAAUGGUUGAAACACCAACAAUUGUUCCAGCAGUUGAAAAGCCAAUCAUUGUCCCCGUGGUACAAAUACUCACACCUGGCAAAACAGUAGCAGACACAGAACCACCAGAAGUAAAGGAAACAUUUGAGGAGGCAUUAGUUACAACUGAGGCUGCACCACCAUCUCUGACUGAGGCAAAAGUGAAAGUAACAGAGGCAACUAACAAGGUCACUCAAACCAUACAAAGUACUGCAGAGUCAAAAGAAGACACAGAGAAUCUUGAAGCAGUCAACCUAGUACCAAAAGAGGUUGUCGUCUCCAUGGCGACAGCCGAACAACUGCCAGAUGUGGAUGAUGAUGUGUGGGAGGAUGCUGUAGAUGAUAUCAGAGUUGAUGAUUGUUCCACUGCCAAAGCAGGUGUCUAAUUGCAAGAUGGCAACACAUAAAGCAAGAGCUUGUUGGACAGGCAAACUUUUCAAAUGAAGGUCUCUAGAGGCUAGUCUUCAAUUACCCUAUAUAGAAGCAUAAGUAUUAGUAGUACUUUGAAAGGUUGCGGGCAUAUGGUACCCAAAAUGAACAUCUUGCCAAGCCCUAGAGGAGCAAUGCAAGGCCAAAUUCUGUGAAGUAUCACAAAGCAUGUCUACAAGAAAAAAACACAAUGCUUGACUGGCCCAAAAUAUAAUACAUUUUCUGUCCAGUCUAGAAGUAUUUUAUUUUACAAACCUGUAUAAAAACAGGGUACUAAUACCAAGCUCUUGAAAUAGAGCAAUCCAGUACGUUUUGUCAUUUAAUAUUGUAAUCUGAUUUUGCAUCUUCAUUUUCCUGAUCACCACCCAUGAAUGUAAGGGGAAGUCUCAUAUUGCAUAAUGUUUGAAUAUAUAUAUAAAUAUAUA